GCGCGACGUUACAGAUACGCACCACGACACCGGUGUCGCGCACGGUCACGUCCGUCGGCGGAACGACGGUAACCACGGGUGGGGUCAACAAACAGAUCAUCCAAACGCAAGUCAAUCAAAUCCGCGGCCAAACCCCGGUGGCGUCGGUAGCGGCCGUGGCCGCGGCCGCUGCUGCCGCCGCGUCCGGGUCGUCGGCGACGCAAGUAAAGCAAGUGACAGCAAUUACCGGCGGUGGGAAUGUGGUGGUCAGUUUGAACCAAGUGCCACCGCCUCCGAUGCAGCCCGUCUCGGGGAAUGCCAUUGGUAGUACCGCGGGCUCGAUAGCCGUAAGUCUCGUGCCGACCAUGCCCGCCCUCACGUUAACCUCUUCGGCGGUUAGCGCCGGGUUGGGCACGGGGGCCACCGCGGUGGUGUCUUCCGCCACGACGCCGGUGCCCGGCCUAUCGGCGACGGUUGUAGUAAAUUCUUCGUCCACAGCCCCGGCGGGAUCCACUUCGAUCGGUUCGACUGGCGGGCCCGUAACGUUGGUGACCGGCGCCAGCAGCAGUAGUAGUAAUAGUGGUAGCGGGAUCACGGUCGUAUCGACUAAUAAAAUUGUUACCGCUAAAUCGCAGAACCUGUCAGGUGCAUCCAAAAAGAAGGCCAGCUCGUCGGCGGCCGCUAGCGGGAUGGAUCCGGAGGGAGCGGCCAGCAAGCGGGCUGGUGCAUCGGCCCAGUCGCAGUUCUACCACCACCAUGCGUCUAUGUACGGCGACGACGACAUUAACGACGUGGCCGCGAUGGGUGGCGUUAAUCUGGCGGAGGAAACCCAGCGCAUUCUCGGAUCCACGGAGUUCGUUGGGACCCAGAUCCGGUCGUGCAAGGAUGAGGUGUUUCUCAAUCUGCCUGCGUUGCAGUCGAAAAUACGCAGCAUCAUAGCGCGCCACGGUCUCGAGGAACCAAGCAACGAGGUGGCGGUGCUGAUUUCGCACGCAUGUCAGGAGCGGCUGAAGAACGUUGUGGAGAAACUAGCCAUCAUCGCGGAACAUCGAAUAGACAUUAUUAAGGUUGAUCCGCGCUACGAAAUCACCAAGGAUGUCCGGGGGCAGAUCAAAUUCCUCGAGGAGCUGGACAAAGCCGAGCAAAAGCGCCACGAGGAGCAGGAGCGUGAAAUGUUGAUGCGUGCAGCAAAAUCCCGCUCGAAGACGGAAGAUCCCGAACAAGCAAAGCUAAAGGCAAAGGCGAAAGAAAUGCAACGCGCCGAGAUGGAGGAGUUGCGACAGCGAGACGCCAAUCUGACUGCGUUGCAAGCCAUCGGUCCUCGGAAAAAGCCUAAACUGGAGGAAGGCGCAUCGACAACUGCUGCGCCCGGUGUGUCAGGAAUCGGUUCGUUGAGUGGGAAAGCGCCAACGCCACUACGGCCCCGCAUCAAGCGAGUCAAUCUGCGUGAUAUGCUCUUCUACAUGGAGCAGGAAAGAGAAAGUUGCAGGAGUCAGAUGCUUUACAAAGCCUACCUCAAGUGA